UCUUCUGGCAAAACUAAAGAAGCAAGCAAUACAGCAAUGGCACCGACCUUGUACCUAUGCCUUGUAGAGAGCAUGGUGUUCAGGGUGUUCAUAGCAGUUUAAUUAGUUAACCGCCUUGGAAUGUUUGUAUAUCGGCCACACGAAGUGUCAGUUUGGUGUUUAUAGUGUCCUUUGCAACGUUAACAUCAUGUUUUCCUUCAUCAAGGCUGCUGUCGGCGGAUUGGCCGGUAUCUGUAGAACCCACGGUCACCAACAAGGUCUUUUACACAGCCACUUGAAAGUCCUAGCUGCUGGCCUGAAGACACAUGAAAUCCCUCCAGACUACAGUGAUUUGGUGCUGCCAGAGAAACCCAAACUGAAGUUUAUGAACAAGGUGCCUAACUUUAAAAAGGCCAAGAAAGAGAUGAAGAAGCUACGAGAUAUCCAAGGCCCAGCGAGGGCAGCAAAUGGCUUCACUACAGGACAGUACGCUAUUGUGGCCAUGGGAGGGGGCUACCUUCAUUGGGGUCACAUAGAGAUGAUACGUCUAACCAUCAACCGCAAGAUGGAUUCCCGGACUACAUUUGCCCGCUGGCGCAUCAAUGGCCCAUAUAAACCCGUCACACGUAAAGGUUUGGGUCAGCGCAUGGGUGGGGGCAAGGGAGCCAUCGACCACUAUGUGACACCUGUCCGCUACGGUCGUUUAAUCGUGGAAGUGGGAGGAAAGGUGGAGCUGGGGGAGGUUGAGCAUAUCUUGACUGAAGUGGCAAAGAAACUACCUUUCCCUGCCAAGGUGAUGAGCAGAGAGAGCCUAGCAGCUCUGCAAAAGAAGCAGGCUGAUAUGGAGCAGAAUAAUCAGAAUCCCUGGACGUUCAAGGAGAUAGCGCAGAGCAACAUGCUGGGUAUCAGGAAGGUGCUCAGCCCCUUUGACCUGCAAAACCACGGACGCUUCACAGGCAAAUUUCACCUCCCGUGGAGGGUGUGACAGACCUGAGGGACAGAAACCGACACCGUGUCAUCCUGUAACACCAUCCAGACCACACCGGGGGAAAAAGCAACCAAAAUGUUUAGUUAUAUUUCGGAAUCUUUUUUUCAUUUUUGUUUUUUAAUGCAAACAUAUCAGUGAUUUUGACAUUUUACUUAAGGAAUAUCUUUUCCUUUUUCUGCUUAAAAUAUGAAUAAACUAGAUUAUGUAUAUUGGU